AGGUUGUAAAGUUCUCAUACAUGUGGACAAUUAACAACUUUAGCUUUUGUCGAGAAGAGAUGGGAGAAGUGCUGAAGAGUUCAACAUUUUCAUCAGGUGCUAAUGACAAGCUAAAAUGGUGUUUGCGUGUGAACCCGAAGGGCCUUGAUGAAGAGAGCAAGGAUUAUCUCUCUCUCUAUCUCCUCCUUGUGUCCUGUAAUAAAGCUGAAGUCAGGGCCAAGUUUAAGUUUUCUAUACUCAAUGCCAAGAGAGAAGAAACAAAAGCCAUGGAGAGCCAACGAGCAUACAAAUUUGUCCAGGGCAAGGAUUGGGGAUUCAAGAAAUUCAUAAGGAGAGAUUUCUUGAUGGAUGAGGCCAACGGUUUACUUCCAGAUGAUAAACUUACCCUCUUCUGUGAGGUGAGUGUUGUCGCAGAUACAGUAAAUGUCUAUGGACAGUCUAACCAAUCACAGCUCAAGGUACCGGAAUGCAGAUUAGCGGAUGACCUCAGUGCGUUACUAGAGAGGGCAGCAUUCAGUGAUGUCACUCUGUGUGUCAAUGGUCAAGAGUUCAAAGCUCACACAGCAAUCCUUGCAGCAAGAUCUCCAGUCUUCAAUGCUAUGUUUGAGCAUGAAAUGGAAGAGAAGAGACAUGGAAGGGUGGAAAUCACGGAUGUUGAACACAGUGUUAUGAAGGAAAUUUUAAGGUUCAUCUACACGGGCAAGGCUCCUAACCUUGAGAAAAUGGCUGAUGAGUUACUAGCAGCAGCAGACAAGUAUGCAUUAGAUCGGCUGAAGGUUAUGUGCGAAGAGGCAUUAUGUACCAAUUUAACGAUAGACAAUGUUGCAGAUAUCCUGGUUUUAGCAGACCUUCAUAGCGCAGAUCAACUUAAAGCUGUAGCCAUCGAUUACACAAAUAGCCAUGCAACAGAGGUAAUGGAUACCAAUGGAUGGAAAACAAUGGUGCACAGUCAUCCAGGGCUGGUUGCUGAUGCUUUCCGAGCGCUGGCCACAUCACAAAGUCCGCCUUUCAUGGGCCUACCAAGGAAGAGACUUAAGCAGAACUGAAAGCAUACCUGUGCAAAAUAGACACUCCAUGUGAUAUAGACUUUUGUGACGCUGUGGUAUUUACUCUCUCUGUGAAUAGGAUCUUCUUGAAUUUUUUUGAUAUGUAGAUAAAUGAAAAGAAGGAUGUAUGUAUGGAACUUUUGUUUGCAGUGAGGUAUGGAAAGGACUUCCUGUUGAAUUGAAUCCAUGGGCUGCGUGGGAUCAUGGAAGUGAAAGAUAAUGUAAAAAGCUGCCGGGUGAUGGUGGAGAUUGCGGUAUUGUUCACUACCAAACUAUGUAUUCUGGCAGUAUAACUGAUGAUCGUGUAAGGAGAUGAGUACAUACAUAUCCAUAACCAAUGACAUUUGUUUUAAGGAUCCAAGAUUGCUUACUCUACAGUAACAGAUUGCCAUACCUCACAUCAUCGAAGGUGGUUUUAGUGCUUCUCUAUUCCAUGUGGACAUGAAGAAAAUAUGCAACGUUGAAGGAUCAUUCAGGUGAUGCAAGGUGCAAAUUAUACACCAUUCAGCAUCAUAACUUCAUUGCUUAUGUCAACCAAGGCAAUUAUCAACAAGAUGAUAUUUCUGAUUAAGUGAUUAUGCAAAUUCCUUUACUUGAAUUGUAGUAUAUUUCAUGGAUGAGUUAAUUAUUAUGAUGAAGAUUUUGGCUUUGGAAAUGUUAGAGUUCAAUACACCCACCAAUAACCCAGUAUUAAUUAUCUGUAGGAAAUUAUUGUUUAAUUCACUCUUGUGUAAUGAAAUGAACAGCAAAAGCCAUUUUAUAAUUUAUUUUCAUAGUUAUAGGCAUUUUGGCAUAGCAUUGAUGUUUUAUGAACUCUAUUUAAGCACUCAUUGCCAAGGAUAUGAUUCAAAUCCAUAUUUAUUCCUAUUUAAUUUUCAAUUCAUACUUGAAUGCUUAAAAAAUGCAGACAUUGUAAUGUCAAAGUAUUCCUAUUUCUUAUACUGUCACUAUCAUAUUUAGGUUAUGGUUGCAUAAAAUCUGACAUUAUUGGUAAGUCUGCGAUUAACGGUUUAUUUUAUUACAACUGUGCUAAACAGCCAACUAAACUCAAAAUUUCUGUAGAAGUUACCCUAAUAUACAACAUGAUCCAGACUACCCCCCCCCCUCCCUGCACCUAGAUGAUUUGACACUGGACUGAUUUUUUUCUCCUUGAUCCUAAACUGUGGUGGGAAGGCAAAAGAUAAAAAGUAAGAUCACAUUUUCAUGCCAAACACUGAAACAAUUGUAACUUGGCUAAGAAGUGGGGGGGGGGGGGAGGACUUUACAUUUUACACAGUAUGCCUAUAUCACAAAGGAUCUCAUCAUAAUUGCAUUUCAUGUCUUUGAUUUACAAAAAAGACUCUUCAGAUUUGAUUUCUUUGCAUUGUUGUUUUAAGAAUGUACUUGUGACAUUCUUCCAUGAUUUUUAGAGCAAAUUUGGAGGCAAUAAGUUGAUAUUUCAUAAGUUGCGAUGUUAUACAUUUAUACAAGUGCCGUAGAUUAUAUAGAAUUUGUACCAUCUGAACGUACAACGGUCAAACCAAAUACUUGUUAUUCCUAUAUAUUUCAAUGUAGCCAUAUUUUUAUUUAAAAUAUUAGGCUAUUUUAACACUUAAAAGGAUUAGCUAUGGAUGGGGUCACUGGGGUGACUUAUUCAUCUCUCCCUGUAGGUCUUGGCUUUUAACCACAAGUUUGGGAUAAAACUUGGUACGUAUGUUCCCUGUUUCAAUCACUAUAUUAUUCAUAUUGGUUCUGCAUUUUGUUUUAAUUACAAUAUCUAGUAUUUUAUUGUUAUUUCAAUUUAUAUUGUAUGUCUUUGUUUUUUAAUUGAUUCUUUAUUUUUGUUUUUACCAACAUUUUUGCCAACAUUAAGACCACAAAAUCUUUUUGAAAAAUUCAUUUUUGAGUUUAUAGAAAAAAAGUACAAUACAUUUUUGUAUCUCAGCUUUAUAAUAAUUUUAUACAUGAAAUCACAUUUAUGAACAAAAUUUGGUCUGAUUUUAGUAACUUCUGAACCAUGUACCCAAGUGCAUAAAUUUGAUUUGGUCUCUAUAGAAAAAAGUACUGAAACUGUGCAGAAAAAGCUUCUUGCAUCACAAAUUCAUCACAGAAAAUAUUAGGGUUUGUCUUUUGGGGGGUUGAGUCUCAUUAUAGUUCGCGUUUGUGUAAUAGUGUCAAUGUGUAAAUGAUAUUCUAUUCAUGUUUAAGAGUUUCCUUUCUGAUCUACUUCAUGUAUGUCUUACAUGCUUUAUUCUUCUGUGAUACAGGGAUACUUCAGUUAAAGCCUUUAAUCCUCAUAUGUUUAAUUUAACAGAUUUUACCAGUCUAGUUUUCUCAGUACAAAAAAAUCAAUCAAUUGUAGAAUAACUGGCAUCUAUGAAGGUUUUUUUCCCAGAUAUUAUUAUUAGUAGUGUUAUUAGUAUCCAUCCUCUUAAGAGGAAAUUUAAAUAAGGAGCAUCUUGAAAAAGUCACAAAAUACUAAAAAAAAAUGAUUUUUCCUUCUUAAAAAAAAACAACAUUGAUUAGGGACACUUUAUCUGCAAUAUAUUUAUCUGGCCAAAAAUACUGCACAUUUGCAAGGCCAGGAGUAAACUGUUUUUGGCAAAUAAACAUGUCAUAAAAGGUGCAUUGCAAAUCUUAAACUGCCUAAAUAGGACUUGAUGAAGCAGCAUGUGAAAUUAUGGGCAACAAGUCUUGAAUAUUGUAAAAAAAAUAAAAUAAAAUGCCAACCUGAUCCAAUUCUCUCCUCCUGUACAUGCAGGAAUGCUAUGGUGUCCCAUGCUGGUGAUUUUCAUGACACAUUGGCCCAAAUUUACAAAGGUAGUUAUGGAAAGCGUAGGUUGAACCCAUGGUUUUUGCAGAUUUCUAAUUUACAGCGUAUAUAAAAAAUUCCACUACUGAUGGAUGUUUUAUCACAUCGUGCUAUUGAUACUUGUCGCCAUAGUUGAGCAUGCUAUUUUGAUUCCACUGUUAUGAACAGUGGACUCAUGAACAAAAUAGCAUGCUCAACUAUGGCAACUUGCAUUAAUUUGGCGCAUUUGUGACAAAAGCACAUCAGCAUUGGACAUAAAAUUCACACAUGAAAUCUGUAUAAACCAUGAGUUCAACCAGCAGUUUUCAAAACCACCUUUGUGAAAGCCAGUCAAUGGUUCUAUCCAUAGGUCUGUGAACAGAAUGUGAUGGUUCGCCCCAAUUAAAUUAUGCCUGCAGUGAUUAUUUGAAUGUAUAACAUUGCAAACUAUUGUUGGGCAGGUAUACCAAGGGAGUAUGUUGUCUGGCAAGUUGUCAGAUCUAACAGCUUUUCUUGAUUUAGAUUGGCUGAGAAGCACUGUUUCUAUGCUACGGUUCAUCAAACAGACUUUGUUGGAUAAAACUUCUGACAAGUCCUUUCCUGAACCGUUCCCUUGAAGGCUUUCCACUGGUUCUCAGAUUUAUGCUAGCCCUGCUUCUUCAAGUCCUCUUUGCUUUUCAUAUGAACGCUUGCUUAAACCAUGUGUUAGUCAUUUGGAAUGUUGCAUAUUAUUACAGCCUGUAUCAGGAUAAAGUGUAAGAUGAAUAGUUAACUGGUUAAAUGAUUUUUAUGGUCCUUGUAAAUGAUGGCAAUCUUUGUAGAGUAAUUCUGAAGCUUAAACAAUUUAAAGUGAGAAAGAGAGAGAGAGGGGGGGGGGGGGGUGGAUGAGAACUCCCAGAACUGUAUGUUGAAUCUUAGCAUAUUGUAAAUGAUUUAGUGUAUGUUUAUAUGGCAUUUGUACUGAAAUUUAUAUGAUUCUGAAUUUACAUCUUGUUUUUAGUUUGGCUUGUGUGUUUUGCAAAUGCACUAUGCUUAAUGAUGAUUUGCACAUAUUUGUAUGUUCAUAGAAAAAAAAUGGCAAUCCUUCAUAUGAUCAUAAAAUGAAAUCAUUUUGAUUGAAUUUGAGCCAGAAUUUAAGGUCACCAGUAUCUUUUAUUGCUGGUUGGUUACACUCUUUUGUAGAAUCAUUUGAAAAAGAAAUCACAUCUUCAUAUAUAUUGUAAGUUGGUAAAGUUUUUUUUUAUAGCAGAUCAAUAUUAAGGGAAUUGACACCUAUGGUUCUCGUGAACUAACAAAUUUUCUGCGAAAAAUACAACACUACAAUUUUUCUUAAUAAUAUAUAGUUUCCUAUGAAAAAAAAACUAUACAUGGAAUCAGUCAUAUUCUAAGUAGAUCUACCAUGAAGCAAAUGCAUAAAAAAACUCCUGGCAAUUUGCAGCUAACCUGAAUUGAGUAAUUCUAGUACUGAAAUAAUGAUAAUUAGGAUAAUAGUAAUGAUAAUUAUAAUGAAAAUGACAUGUAUAUGGAUAAGUCUUUAUAUAUGUACUUGCAUGAAUUGCCACAAAACAAUAACAUUUAGAAUCCUUGAGAUACUGUGGGAAAGUACACAACAGACAAGCAUAGGAUUUUCUUCUGGUAAUUGGAUUUUUAAAUGGUAGAGUCAUAGCGAGGAUGGCAGUUCUGUACACAAUCGAUUAUUCAAAAUGUAACUCUGAACUCUGCUUCUUGAAAAUAUAAUAGGCGGUUUCAAACCGCCUCGAUCACAAGAAUCCCCGUUAAAUUACGAGAACAUUUUUAGGCUAAAAAAUACCCAUUAAUUAUUCCUGCAUUCACACCGCCCCGAAACAUACCCUUCGGGAUAAAUUCCUGAAGUUAGGAGCAUGCGCAGUAUGGUCUAAUAAGCAGGCAAGGCGCGAGAUUCAAAACCACUAGCCCAGCAGCCACCCACGGCGCCCACGCCCAACGACACGCUGGGCUAAAAGUUCCCGUAAAUUGCUUUCACAUUGCCAAAAUACCUGCGACCUUGGAAAAAUGCCAGCGAAAGUUCUCGUAAUUUCGCCAAGUACCUACUAUUUAGCGGGUAUUUUCUUUCAAUGAAAUUACGCGUAGUUUGCUUUCACAUUACCAAAAUACCUGGUAUUUUCUGAUCGGGGUAAAUUUCCCGAUCAGAGAAUACCUGGAACUGACGAACUUUGAGGCGGUCUGAAACCACCUAAUGUUGUAUGAUAAGAUAUGAGUGCAGAGAUAAUUUGCCCUGUAACACAAAUGUUUGCAAUCAAUAACAAUAUGACAAUGGCAAGUCAAAAUUGUUCUUUUAGUCUUGCAAUUCAUCACAAAUAUUUGUGUUACAGGGUUCAGCAUCACUAUUGAAUCGGAUAUAUGUGACAUGAAUAUUCUUCUUUUUUUUUUUAAUAAACAUGUUUUGUAGAUAGAGAAAGCUAUUUAUUUGAUACUAGAAAGAGCCUUGUUCAAUAAUGUUCUUGUUUCUUAUAUAACUGUUUGUGUUUAAUCAAAAUCAUUCAAACUUUCCAUGUUAUUUAUGGUGCAAAAUAAGCUAGCUCAACUGAUGAUAUACAUGUACAUCUGUUGUAAACUUUUUUGUUUGUCUUGUGAAAUUAACAUUCAAACAUUGCUACACAGUCUUGUUACCGCUAUAUUUAUAUAUUUUGCCUUCAUGUUACCAAGUCUCUGAUUUUCAUGAUUGCAGACAGCAAUAGUUUAUCACCAAGAUAUUGUUUCAUGAAGCUCCUAGAAUGUGAUUUCAAAUUCACUAAUGAUCAUUUUUAUUUCAAGUGUCAAGAGGGUUGUAACAUAGGAAGUUGUGCUCUUCCACCAGUCACUCUCAUGGAACGCUGAUGUAUCCCCAACCAUUUCUUGUAGGAUGGGGGGGGGGGGGUAUUCAGAUACUUCAAGAUUUGAAACAUUUUCUUUUUUGGAUUACACAAAAAUAUGAACUCAAUAGUUAAAAUCUUGUUCAAUUUUGUUUCCUAUAAUGAUAACACUUUGUACUAAAAAUUGAUGAAACUUUCCUUGUUACCUAUUCCAAAUGGCGUUUAAAAUUGAUUGUCGGAACACACAACAACUAGGUAUGCUAUCCUAUAUGGUCACAAAUAGUCACAGUAUAACAAUCAUGGGACUGGAGCAUUCUCAUGUGGCAUUAUUAUUUUGUAUUUCUAUUUGCGUUUGUUGCUGAAAUUAUUUGAAGAAGGGACACCAGUCUUAUCUAUCGCUUGUUGGACACCCCAAUUGCACAUUUUGUAAGAUAUUGAAAUAAAGUACAUGUAUGUAGAAGACCAUA